AAACACAGUUUACAAUACAGCUCAGUUUCUUUUCUAUUUAUUCAUCAGGUUAGAGGUACAGAAAAAUAUAGAACAGGAGCAGCAUCAGAAAUUAUGACUCUGGACCAAGCCACGUCUCUGUAAAUAAUGAAAUACAACAAUUUGAAGAUUUCUAUUCCUUGCUGGAAAAAGUGUGCUAAGAAAACAAAACAAGUUCUGCAAUUCUUAUGGAGCACUUACUCCACUCCUACUCCAAGUGGCUGGCAGCAACUGCUUGUCCUCCUCCUGUCAUGCUUGUGUAUAUGUGCCAUCAUCGGUGGGCUACUCCACAACUGGAUGCUUUCAUCUCUGAAGUACGAAGUGUACUUAAGCAACCGCAUAACCAUAGUGUUCACAAUCAUCAUGUUCCUGCUUCUCUUCCUGGUCCACCCCAUACGCUGCGCAUUCACUAUUGUGAUCCCCACGUUAGGCACCAAACAAGGCCGUGAUCUUCUCCUUUCUACGUGUUUCAUGCUUGUAGCUGUCAACAUAAUCCCUAACAUUAUGGGUAACAUCAAGAUGGUUCUCAAGCUCCUUCAGUGCAUUGCGAUGACCUCAAUCGAAAGCCUAGUGAACUCGACUAACAGUUUAAGGCAUAUUAAAAAUAAGCUGGUUGAAGAACUGGUGAAGGUGCAGAAAAUGGUAGGGGCCACUACAUCGAUAAUGAAAUGGGAAUUAAAUUCAAAUGUCAAUCAAUUGGCAAUGGAGAGCCAACUGCAUGCAAUUGGCAAAGAUAUCCAAAGCGAUUUUUCUAAAGUUCAGACCACACUCAGUGAGAUUACUCUGUACACCAACCGAGCACUCGCUGUCUUUUUUUUCUUUUACCUGGCUAUCACAUCAGUUUGGUAUCUCAAGGGCUACCUGACAAAUCUGGAGUUUGACAACGUGUACAUAACUGGCAAGUUAGCUCACCUACUACGACCAAAGAAGGGGCAACAUAUACCGAAGCGAACUGCUAGUAAAAAGUUAAUCAAAUCCACAGGGUUAAAAAUGUCCUCAGACGAAGUAGCCACAUGUGUCAAGCAGAUGGUGAUCAGCACGGCAUAUCUAGCACUGUCCACAAUUAUCAUAACAGCAGAUUUUGUCAUCUACACUUUCACAUCGGAGGCCUUGCGUUGGACAGUUGACAUUCCACCUGUACCUGUCGUUGUGGGAUACGAAUACAGAGUAAUUGUGAGGACCCCAUUUGAAGAAAUUGUUAAUUCAGGGACAGUCCAGAAGAAGGAAGCCAACUUCCCCUGGAAUUUUAUCUUUGUAUCAGAUAGAUGCAUAUUUCAGCCCUCUCCCCCAGAUAUCCAGAUCAUCUGUACUGUCGGCCUACUCUACUUUAUUGCUUAUAUUACAGUGUUUUUGGAAGCCUAUGCCUUGCGAGCACGAAGAAAGAUUUCUGCAAGCUUCUUUGAGCAACGGGAAGAUGAAAGGGUCAAAUAUCUCCAGAAAAAACUGAUGAACAAUUCAGAAGAUCAAUUCAAAAACUGUACAGCUGUUUUCACUGUGUCAGAACAAUGUCACGUAAGCUUUAAAGGGCAAUUCAACAUGUGACGGUAGGCUAUUGGCUUGGCAUUUUGAAUUACAUAAGAAAGAAUUGUAUUGCAUAACAUCUUGCAUCAUUUCAGGUCCCAACGCACUUGUACAGAUGAAGUAUUUGUAGUCUAAUGUAGGAAAAGCAGCAUCCAAUUUGUGCUCAGCAUGCUCCCAAAAACGACAAUGCUAUAAUGUCAAGCUAGUCUGUUUCAGUAAUUUUAAUUGAGGAAUAAUUAUGGGUCAGCGGACAGGGGGUUAACUUCUCUGCUCUUCUUUAACAGAUGGAAUCUAUUACAGAAUAAAAAACAGGACUAAAGAAGGAUGUGUAAAUGGGCGGUUGAUGGUCGGUGUGGAUUUGGCAGGCCUUUUCCAUGUUGUAUCUCUCUAUGACUCCGUCCAUCAGUGAGGAAAAACAGGGCCUUGGUUAAUUGGUUGAUCUGGAAAACCACAUUUCUGACAGUGCAGCACUCCCUUGGCCCUGCCCUGAAGUGUUAGCCCAGAUUUUGUGUUCAUGUCUUUGAAGUGGAACUUGAACACUCUAUUCAUCUGAGAGAUGGGAGCAAGCCAUAGUGAACAUAGAAUCAUAGAGCUAUACAGCACGGAAACAGGCCCUUCAGCCCAACUCAUCCAUGCCAACCAAGUUGCCCAACUGAGCUAGUCCUGUUUGCCUACAUUUGGCCCAGAUCCCUCUAAACCUUUCCUAUCAAUGUACCUGUCCAAAUGUCUUCUAAAUGUUGUAAUUAUACCACCUUUACUACUUCCUCUGGCAGCUCAUUCCAUAUAUGCACCACCCUCUGUGUGAAGAAGUUGCCCUUUUAAAUCUUACCCCUCUCACUUUAAACCUAUGCCCUCAGAUUUUGGACUCCCCUACACUGGGGAAAAGACUGUGGCCAUUCACCUUAUCUAUGACCCUCAUGAUUUUAUAAACCUCUGUAAGGUCACCUCUCAGCUUCCUAUGCCCCAGGGAAAAACGUCCCAGCCUGUCCAGCUGCUCCUUAUAACUCAAACCCUCUAAGUGCCAGUAACAUCCUUGUAAAUCUUUUUUACACCCUUUCCAGUUAAUUGAAAGGCAGAGGAUUAGGAAGUAUAUAAAAAUUUUAGACUGACCGUGGACAUGCUGUGAACAUCCAUGCAGGGGUGCUCAUAGGCAGGGGUGUUCAUAUUCUAGUGCAGGACUGCACUAGAAUAGCCCCAGAUGCUGCAUGGCUUGAUGACUAUCUCCAGAAUUUUCGGAUUUUAUUUCAGAUCUCCAGUAUGCAGGUUUUUAUUUUGCUUUUCAAAUUGCACAAUGUUGUCCUGGCACCUCCCAGAGGUACAGUUACAAAUUACAUCUGGUGAUGUCACUAAAGGCAGCCAAUAAAUUUAACCAUACACUCACCUUUCAUGCACAGACAAGAAAGUUUCGUCUUGUGCACAAAGCAUUUCACUGCCCACCAAUAGAUUACCUUGAGAAUCACUCAGAAUCCCUUGGCUAUUCCAGGGAUGAACCCUGUCAUCUCUGACAGAGGGUUGUGGUGGAGGGAGUGCAUUCGGAUUGGAGGGCUGUGACUAGUGGUGUCCCACAGGGAUCGGUUCUGGGACCUCUACUUUUUGUGAUAUUUAUUAAGGACUUAGAUGAGGGGGUGGAAGGGUGGGUUAGCAAGUUUGAAGAUGACACAAAGAUUGGUGGUGUUGUGAAUAAUGUGGAGGGCAGUCGAAGCUUACAGAGGGAUAUUGAUAGGAUGCAGAGCUGGGCUGACAAAUGGUAGAUGGAGUUCAAUCCAGAGAAGUGUGAGGUGGUACACUUUGGAAGGACAAACUCCAAGGUGGAAUACAAGGUAAAUGGCAGGAUUCUGGGCAGUGUAGAGGAGCUGAGGGAUCUGGGGGUUCAUAUCCACAGAUCACUGAAAGUUGCCACACAGGUGGAUAGGGUAGUUAAGAAAGCUUAUGGGAUAUUAGCUUUCAUAAGUCAUGAGAUCGAGUUUAAGAGCCACGAAGUGAUGAUGCAGCUUUACAAAACUCUGGUUAGACCACACUUAGAGUACUGUGUCCAGUUCUGGUCACCUCAUUAUAGGAAGGAUGUGGAGGCGUUGGAAAGGGUGCAGAGGAGAUUUACCAGGAUGCUGCCUGGAUUAGAGAGUAUGGAUUAUGAGGAGAGACUAAAGGAGCUAGGGCUUUACUCAUUGGAGAGAAGGAGGAUGAGGGGAGACAUGAUAGAGGGAUACAAAAUAUUAAGAGGAAUAGAUAGAGUGGACAGCCAGUGCCUCUUUCCUAGGGCACCAAUGCUCAAUACAGGAGGGCAUGGCUUUAAGGUAAUGGGUGGGAAGUUCAAGGGAGACGUCAGAGGGAGGUUUUUCACCCAGAGGGUGGUUGGUGCAUGGAAUGCGCUGCCUGGGGUGGUGGUGGAGGCUGAUACAUUGGUAAAGUUCAAGAGAUUGUUAGAUAAGCAUAUGGAGGAAUUUAAGAUAGAGGGAUAUGUGGGAGGAAGGGGUUAGAUAGACUUAGGAGUGGUUUGAGGGUCGGCACAACAUGGUGGGCCAAAGGGCCUUUAUUGUGCUGUAUUGUUCUAUGGUUCUAUGGUAUCAUGUGUACAACCUCUAGAUCUCCAGAGGCAAUACCACUCAGAAAUAUUAAGGCCAAGACUGUGUCAAAGGCGCUUUUAAAAUUUUUCAUCUUAGUGGGUUUGUCUAAAGAAAUUCAAUCUGAUCAAGGAAGUAAUUUUAUGUCAGGGCUAUUUCAACAGUUAGUUUAUGAGCUGGGAGCUAAGCAGAUUGUAUCAUCUGCGUACCAUCCAGAAUCUCAAGGGGCUUUAGGAAGGUUCCAUUCCACUCUCAAAAAUAUGAUUAAGAUCUUUUGUUUUGAAAACAUGAAGGAUUGGGAUGAAGGAGUUCAGUUGCUCUUGUUUGCAGUAAGGGAGUCGGUGCAAGAAUCCUUAGGGUUCAGUCCCUUUGAACUUGUGUUUGGACAUCAGGUUAGAGGACCUUUAGUAUUACUAAAGGAAGAGUGGAUUAAAGAAGACAUGCAUUUAAAUUUGUUGGAUUACGUUCUGAAAUUUAAAAACCGAUUGCAGAGGGCUUGCCAGUUAGCAAGGGAAAAUUUAAAAGCUACUCAGAGUAAGAUGAAAACAUGAUAUGAUAAACACACCCGCUUAAGGACUUUCAAGCCUGGAGAUAAGGUCUUGGUGUUUUUUCCUAUUCAGACAAACCCUUUUCAAGUGAGAUUUCAUGGUCCUUACGAAGUUGAGUCUAAGGUUAGUGAGGUAAAUUAUGUAGUUAAAACAUCUGACAGGAGAAGACAAACACAGCUCUGUCAUGUAGACAUGCUUAAACCUUAUUGUGAAAAAUCCACAGCUGUGUUGAUAUUAAAUUGUCUGGAAAAUCACUAGUUGAUUCUGGUGAGAGUCAUUUUAGACCAAACACUGUUUCUGCGAGACGGUCGAAUGCGGAUGUUUUGGACAACCUUGAAAAGAAAUUGGCUCAUUUACAACCUCAGCAAAAACAGCAAAUGAAACAGUUAAUUUUAAAAUUUCAAGAUUUAUUCCCUGAUGUUCCAAAGAGAACCCCAGUAGCUUACCAUGAUAUUGAUG